GUGGCGCUCAACGGCUGGUGGUCUGUGCGGAAUGAUGCGGUCUGCUCUGCCUGUGGACGUCGGGAGGAGAGGAGAGGCGGUUUCCCCAGGCUUGCGCUUCGCCGCCGCAGUCGCGAGGCAGAGGGGACUUUCAAGCUUUCCAAAUGGAGAAAAGGAGCAGCAGCCAGGUGAAGCUGGCCAUGGAUCCGAAGCAGGCCCCCACGGAGCACCUCGAGAGCAACCAGGAUGAAGCAGAAGUCACCACGGAGGAGGAGGAGGAGGAGAGGGUGAUCCGGAAGGAGGUCGAGCACCUGCUGCAAGAAGAACUGGACAAGCUCCUCAUGGAGGAGGAAGGGGAGGAGGAGGAGGAGGAGCCACUGAAGAAGCUCUUGGAGGGGCAGGAGGAGCCCCAGGAGAACUUGCCACCCUUCCAGGGACGUGUCCGCACAAGCCUGAAGGAUGAGGUUGACCGGCUCGCGGUGGUCCAUGAGGAGGAUGAAGAGGAAGGGGAGCACGCUGUGGGGACUUCUGCCACUGCGUGGGCUGGUGAAGGCAAAGAGGCCACAUCCGCCACAGAGCAGACGAGGAGGCCGUCUCUCUUCUCGCCUGGCCACUUCUUCAGGUUGCCCAAGCUGUUUGCUGCCCAGGACAAGGGACCGUCAGAGGCGGGAACGGAGUCUCCAAAAACAGACCGCUUUCGGAGGCUAACGAAGAUCUUCACUGCAAGUGGGGAGCCCGAGAGGAAGCUGCUGGACGCCACCGAGGACGUGGCCCCAAAGGACCGCUUUAAACGGAUAGCCAAGGGGCUCCUGACGGAAUCCCAGGAGGCCUUCGGGCAGAGGAAAGUCUCAAAGGAUUCUCAGAAAUUAUCUCAGUUUCUAAGGUUAUCGAAUAUGUUCACCGUGGAAUUUGAGGAAGAGAAGAAAGUGGAAGGCGAGUCUCAAGGGGCAGAAGGGGAAGCAUCCCAGGGAGAGGAGCCUCAGAAACGCACCCGCUGGGUUUUCAGAGGUCCUAGGAGUAUCGCCGUUGAACCUGCUGAGGAACCCGCUGAGGAACCCUCUGACGAACCUGUUCCUGAACCCGCCAAAGUCUCUGCUGAGGAAAAGGAGGAGGCUGCCAAAGAAGAAGCUGCCACUGCUCCACCUCGGAAAAGUGUCAUGUUUCCUCCCACGAAACAGCACGGCCUCCCUCACGCGGUCUGGAACAUGGGUCAACGUAUCAGUCACUGGCGGGGGGCGCACCACCGCGGCUACCACAUUGACCAGGUGACCCAGGAUAAAGAUUACAAGCACAGGCUGAUGAUGCACGAACGGGAGGUCAAGACAGUGGUGCCUUUGCCUCUCCAGGAGUUGAUAGAGGAGGAGGUGCUGGCUAUCUUAGAAUCCACUCUGAAUGCCAGGGCGCUUCCCCCCGCUGCAGACUACCAGGAGAAGCUGGGGGAGCACCACGCCCUCACCUUCCAGCUCCAAGAGCAAGUGGACAAGCUGUACUUGCGGCUCCAAGGAAGAGGCAUCUUCGAGUGAGAGAGACACCCCAGGGAGCCCCACCCAGCCCUGGAAACCGCAGGAGCCCUGUGGCGGCGGAAUGAAAGGAAGACGGAUGUUUA